UCAGCCUUGAGCAGGUGGGCCUACCCCCACACCUGCCUAUAAGUGCGUCCCCCGCCCGCCUCAACAGCCACUCGUUCCUCCGCCAGUCCCACUAGCAGGAUGUUGGGUGUCACUGUCCUCGCCACGCUCCUGGCCUUUGCCUCCAGCUGCGGGGUCCCCAUUUUCCAGCCCAAUCUAUCCGCCCGAGUGGUGGGAGGAGACAAUGCCAGGCCCCACAGCUGGCCCUGGCAGAUCUCUCUCCAGUACCUCAAGAAUGGUACGUGGAGGCACACAUGCGGCGGAACCUUGAUUGCCAACAACUACGUCCUCACAGCUGCCCACUGCAUCAGCAACACCCUGACCUACCGCGUGGCCCUGGGGAAGAACAACCUGGUGGAAGAUGAGGAAGGCUCCGUGUUUGCAAAUGUGGACUCCAUCAUUGUCCACAAGAAGUGGAACUCCUUCCUAGUGCGCAACGACAUUGCUCUCAUCAAGCUCAAGGAGCCCGUGCAGCUGAGUGACACCAUCCAGGUGGCCUGCCUGCCGGAGGCGGGCUCCUUGCUGCCUCAAGACUACCCCUGCUAUGUCACUGGCUGGGGCCGCCUCUGGACCAACGGCCCCAUUGCCGACGAGCUGCAGCAGGGCCUGCAGCCCGUGGUGGAUCAUGCCACGUGCACCCAGAGAGACUGGUGGGGCAGCAUGGUGAGGGACACGAUGGUGUGUGCCGGGGGUGACGGCAUCAUCUCAUCUUGCAACGGGGACUCGGGCGGCCCCCUGAACUGCCAGGCUAAGAGCGGUUUCUGGGAGGUGAGGGGCAUCGUCAGCUUUGGCUCCUCGCUGGGCUGCAACACUGUCAAGAAGCCCACGGUCUUCACCCGCGUGUCCUCUUACAUCAACUGGAUCAAAGAGAAAAUGCAGCAGUGAUUCCUCCUUGGGAGCCUGCAACCCCAAUAAACCUCCUUCCCUGCUCAG